GUGGCUGUGGCUGUGGUCUGUGCAGCCUGCCUCUGACUCACGGGGAUCAGUGCACUCCUGGCCCUGCUGGGGCUGUGCCUGGGGCUGGCGGACGCCUCAGAGGAGGCUGCAGUGACAAAGGACUUUGACUUCUCCAAGGUGGCCGUGGGUCCUGGGCACUGCCCUGUGGGGUUGGCCCUGCCUGGGUUCCCUCUUGUCCCUGGCAUGUUCCAUGCUGCGGCUGCAGCAGCCCUGGCAGGGGGUUUGGCUGGGGACCCCGACCCUGGAGGCUGGGGCACCCGGGCGGCUCCCUUCCUGCCUUAUGCCCAGUUUGCAGGCCUGUGGUAUGAGGUCUCCUUUGCCGCCAAGGCAGGCGCCCGCAGAGAGACCCCCAGGUGGAGAAGAUGCAAGGUGUGGUGCUCCAGCUGGAGAGUGGGUCCCUGGUCCUGACUGCCGCCUAUUAGGAGCAAAGAGGUCCAGGUGCUGAGUGCUGACUACCACACCUACGCCAUCCUGGACAUCCUCUCCACGGCGGAGGGUGUCAGCCAUCACGUCAUGAAGCUUUACAGCCGGAGCCUGGACCACAACCAGAACGCCCUGCAGAAGUUCCAUGAGGCAGCCCAGGAGCGUGGGUUCCAGGAGCCAGACUUCCACCUGCUCACGCACGACAGGCGGCAUAGGCUGCUCCAGCUGACGAGAUGGGACGCAGUCCCUGUUGCUGCUUCUCUGUGGGUCGGAAGGUGUCUCCUGUGGGUUUCCUCAGACAGUGACUGCUGCAGCUUGUAGCCUGAUGGCAGGGUGUGGACAUGGACAGCGGGACGGCAGUGGAGUUGAGGCAGCUGAAAAGCACCUGCCUUCCCCUUCCUGGGGAAGCUGUUAAGACCCUUCCAUUGCCCUGUGUUCCCCCGUGGCCCCCUGAGGAAGGACAGCGACAGCCUGCCCCAGUGUCCUCCCAGCAUCUUUCAGAUUGCUGCGGUCACUCUCCGGGCUGCUCCAACAGGAGGCAUCUCAGUGUCACCCACGGUCCCCUCUCUGCUCCUGCUGCCCCUGCCCCCGUGCUGGAGAAGCGGCUGGGACGCUCACCCUGAGGUGGCAGAGAUGAGGGAGGGACAAGCCCGCUGUGAAUGUCCUCGACCUCCCGGGCCCAUCGUGCCGCAGUGGA